AUGUGUCAGCUGACAGCCACCCCAGCAAGCGCUCUUGCAGAUGAGCCAGUACACAUCUACGCGACAGGGCUGCCCCCGUCUCAGAUGGUGACUUUGAAGGCAUCUCUGCAGGAUGAGAAGGGAAACUUGUUCCAGGCGAGAGCCUUCUACAGGGCUAAUGAGGCUGGUAAAGUGGACCUGGAGCAGGAGCCUGCAUUGGGAGGUGACUACGUGGGGGUCCAUCCAAUGGGCCUCUUCUGGUCUCUGAAGCCCAAGAGACCUUUCCGGAGGCUCCUCAAGAGGGAUGUGAUGAACAGCCCCUUUUGGAUCACCCUGGAACUCUAUGACUCAGUUUGUUUCCAAGAUUCAGAUGCAGCUCCACCCAGGGCCAGACAGACGGUGCAGCGCUGGUACUCCAGGUCCGGGAUGAUCCGGAUGCAGAUCCGGGAAGGCCGAGUGCGAGGAGCCCUGUUCCUCCCUCCAGGGGAGGGCCCAUUCCCAGGAGUCAUUGAUUUGUUUGGAGGCAUUGGGGGUCUGGUUGAAUUCCGGGCCAGUCUUCUGGCUGCACGUGGUUUUGCGGUGUUGGCAUUAGCAUAUUUUGCCUAUGAUGACUUGCCCAGACAACUGCUGGAGGUGGAUCUGGGAUAUUUUGAGGAAGCCGCCAACUUGCUACUGGCUCACCCCAAGAUUCAAAAAUCUGGAAUUGGAGUGAUUUCUGUGUGCAAAGGCGCAGAGAUUGGGCUGGCCAUGGCCUGCUACCUGAAGCAGGUGGUCGCCACUAUCUGUAUCAAUGGGUUAAAUGCUAUCUCUAAAGUUCCACUCAGGUACAAGGAUCUAGUUGUGAAUCCCAUGAAUUAUCUUAAAGAGCACACCCAAGUCCAUGUCUCUGGAGCUUUGCGCUACCGCCACAACUUUGGGGAUCCUGGCCAUGAACUGAAUCAGCAGAGUGUCCUCCCAGUUGAAAAGGCUCGAGGUUGGAUCCUCUUCAUUGUUGGACAGAAUGAUGAGUGUCUCAAUGGUAGAGUGUGUGCUGAGCAAGCUUUGAAACAGUUGGAGAGUCACGGGAGGAGCACUGGAAGGAUGCUGGCGUACCCUGGAGCGGGACACCUCAUAGAGCCACCUUAUGCCCCCCUGUGCUACGCCUCCUGGAGCCCUGGCUCUCCCUGGCCUGCUCUGUGGGGAGGGGACCCUGUUGCUCAUGCGGCAGCUCAGGAACAUGCCUGGGGGGAGAUUCAGACAUUUUUCAGGCAACACCUUAUUCCCACCAAAAGCAAACUCUAA